UCUUGUCCUCAUGCCUUGCCUUUCCAACACCUUAAUUAAUGGCGCGCCCAUACGUGCCCCGAUGCCUCCAAGACCCGACCCUUUAUCAUUCCCUCCCUCCUCCUCCCCUGCUCGCCGCCACACCCUCCUCCCGUAGCCGAGCGUCCUUCCACAGUUCCUCCUCCCUCCCCUGCUCCUCCUCCUCGUCAUCUCUGCUCUUCGGUUGCUCGCCUGAGCCACGCUAGCUCCGUGUCAAGAACAGCCGCCGCUGCUGCUGCGAAGGCGUGAUCGGUCGAGAGGCCCUGCCCUGCCCUUGCCCCCCGCUGCAUGCUGCUGCGGUAGGAAGGAAGGAGAAGAGGAGAAGAUGGCGGCCGAGGCGGUGGGGUUCAUGGCGCGGGGAGCCAGCGGCGGCAGGGCCGCGGAGCUCGUCACCAGGGACUUCCUCGGCGGGUGCGCGGCCGCCGACGACGCCAGGGACGCCGCCGCCAGGCCUGACGCCGUGCCCGGGAAGGUGUCCCUGCAGAAGCACGCGUGCCCGGCGGCGCCGAGGGACCUCAACCUGUUCCCGGUGGCCUCUGCCGCGACCAAGCCCUGCGCCGUGACGACGGCGCCCGCGCCGGCGGCCUCGUCCUCGGGCACCGGCGGCGCCACCGCGACGUACCACAGCGUGUGCACGAUCGAGAAGGUGAAGACGGCGCUGGAGCGGUUCGAGCGCGGGAAGCAGAGCCACCACCACCACAGCCACCAGCAGCAGCACAGCGGCGCCGGCGCGUCGCCGUCGUCGUCGUCGGUGACCACGUCCUCCGUGAAGCGCCGCGGCGGCGACAGCUGCGGCGGCGCCGUGGAGCAGGGCGACGGCUGCGACUCCCCGUCCGGCGGCGGCGGAGGGGGAAUGGUGGCCGCGGCUUGCCCCAGGUGCUUCCUGUACGUGCUCAUCUCCCGGAGCGACCCGCGGUGCCCCCGGUGCGAGUCCCACGUGCCGGCUCCCCCCGCGCCGGCGGCGCCCGCCGCGAGCAAGAAGCCCCGGAUCGACCUCAACGUCGGCUUCCUCGGCACCUAGCCGAGCCAUGGAUCGAUCCGUCGGUCGGUCGCCAUCCCGCGUCGUAAAGUUAGGCAAGCUGUUGAUCGAUCCGUAUAACCUGGUGGGGGGUACAGGGGAGUCGCCUCUUUUUUGGCUCCGAUUCCGUUUCUUCUCCCGGAAAUGCGUCUGCUAGGAAAUUUAUGGCCGGCGAUAGAACAUGAAUGGUGAUACUGCUGAAACUACUCCUGUUCCUGUAGGGGCAAUCAAUCCUACCACAAUUGAUCAGAGCUCCCUAGUAUAGUGAGCAUGUUCA